GAAAAAAAAAAUUAGAGAAAUGAAAUAUUUUUGGAAGUGCUAUUGUUAUAGCUUCAUAUCUCUCAUCCUUCUUUCAUUAGCAACAUUGGGAUGUGGGAGUAACAAUAUGGAAGAUUUUGUUGAUUGUAUUUAUGUUCAUUCCUCAAACAACAAUGACUCAAAUUCAACCCUCAUUCACACUCCAUCUUCUUCCUCUUAUUCUUACGUUCUAAAUUUCUCCAUCCGAAACCUCCGAUUCUCCGAACCUCAAACUCCCAAACCAGUAGCCAUCAUCACACCAUCCCAUGCUUCCCAAGUCCAAGCCACAGUUAUUUGCUGCAAAAGCCACGGCCUCCAAAUCCGAACUCGCAGUGGUGGCCAUGACUUCGAAGGCCGUUCUUAUGUUGCGAAUGUCCCAUUUGUGUUGAUCGAUUUGAUUAACCUCAAUUCCAUUACCAUCGACGUCGAGGACGAGACUGCAUGGGUUCAAUCAGGGGCGACGGUGGGCGAACUAUACUACAAAAUUGGUGAGAAAAGUCGAACCCUCGGAUUUCCGGCAGGGUUCAAGGCCACAAUUGGACUUGGAGGGUUCUUGAGCGGCGGGGGGAUCGGGAUGAUGGUUAGAAAAUAUGGUCUUGGAGCGGACAAUGUGGUGGAUGCUUAUGUUGUAGAUAGAAAUGGGAGAGUUGUAAAUAGAUAUUCAAUGGGAGAGGAUUUGUUUUGGGCCAUUAGAGGAGGUGGAGGAGGAAGCUUUGGGAUUGUUUUAGCUUGGAAAUUGAGGUUGGUUCAAGUUCCUUCAAUUGUUACAUCCUUUGCUCUUCAUAAAACUUGGGAUCAAAAUGCAGCCAACUUAAUCUAUCGUUGGCAAUACAUUGCACCAUGGGUAGAUCAAGAUCUUUUCAUCUCUGCUUGGGUCACAGCUUCAAAUUCAAGCAAGGAUGAAAGUGGAAGAAUUAUGGAGGCUUCAUUCUUUUCCUUAUUUCUUGGAAAUGCAACCGAGCUUCUAUCCCUUAUGGAGAAGACUUUUCCAGAGCUAGGGCUAAAAAAAAAAGACUGUCUCGAAAUGAGUUGGGUUGAAUCAAUGGCAUUUUCAGCAAGUGGAUUUGUUUCUGCUAAAAGCUUAGAACUUUUGCUCGAUAGAACUCCAGUCGACAAUGGUAGAUACAAAACCAAAUCUGAUUAUGCCACUGAACCCAUCUCGGAAACCGCGCUCAAGGGCAUGUGGGAAAGGUUCAAAGAUGAAGAACUAGAAACUGUGCAACUCAUACUAAUCCCUUUUGGAGGUAAAAUGAAUGAGAUUUCUGAAUCAGAAACCCCCUCCCCACAUCGAGCUGGAUAUCCCAUACAUAUUGGCUACUACCUUACAUGGCAACAACCCAACGCCGAUUCAAGAAAUUUGGAGUGGGCUCGAGAGCUUCACGAUUACAUGACUCCUUUUGUGUCAAAAUCACCGAGAGCAGCAUACGUAAAUUACAGAGAUCUUGACAUGGGAACAAACAAUGACGACGGGGUCCCGACCAGAUAUAAGGAAGCAAGCCUUUGGGGGCAUCGAUACUUUGGGAAUAAUUUUGAAAGGUUAAUGGAAGUGAAAAUGAAGGUGGAUCCAUUUAACUUCUUUCGACAUGAGCAAAGCAUACCACCGGCACCACCAAGAGUAGGAAUCUAACCAAAGAUGGCUUCAUGCCCGGAUGUGUCUUAUGAGACCCAUCUCAUGUGUAGUAUACACAAAAAUUACUAGCUAUGUACCAAGUACGUAAUUUCGGAUUUGGAUUAUAAUGUAAUUUUGUUAAUUUCGUAUGCAUCGUCAAUAGAAAAAAUGUUGGAUUGAACGGUUAGAGAACAUGUUACAUGCAAUUUGUAAUUAUUAAGACUUGAGUUUAUAAGCUACUCAUUUUCAAUUUGAUUAAAGUAUGAGGAAGACAUAUAUAUAAUGGGAUA